GAAGCCAAGCUUUUCUUCAGAUGCCAUGGCAACUGGAUCCGGAGAAAGGACCCGACAACUUGAUCAAGCUCGGCCUUAUUUCGUUGACGUCAGAGGCGAGCGCGCGGUGAGCCGGUGACGAAGGCGGAAGCGGCGCAACAGCGAGAGCUGCGAGGCUGAGGCGCUGAGCGAACAACCUCGCUUUUCCUCGCGCCCUUCCCACCGCGAUGGAGCUGCAAGAUAGUGGUCAAGAAAUGGCAGCUUCCCCUUCCACAACCACAGCUGGCAAAUCAAAGCUGGAUACAUUACCCAGAGAAGAUCUUAUCAAAUUUGCAAAGAAGCAAAUGAUGCUUAUACAGAAAGUGAAAUCAAGAUGCACAGAAUUGGAGAAAGAGAUUGAAGAAAUGAAAACAAAACCUGCUGCUGGAGGAACCAAUGAUAUUAUUCAGGUUCUCACAGAGAGGUUGGAUGCUGUUCUUCUGGAAAAGGCCGAAAUCCAGCAACAAUGUCUAGCUCUGAAAAAAGAAAAUGUGACAAGACAACAAGAAGCAGAGGCUGCUCUCGCUAAGGAACAAGAAUUGCAGGAGAAGUUUGCACAGUUGAACACUGACUACCUGAAAGAAAUUGAGAGUCUUAAAAAUGAAAUGGUAAUGGCACAGUCCAAAAAUGGUGAAGCUGUGGCCGUGCUGCAAAAGGAACUGCAUGCAGAACAGAGAAAACAAGAGCAACUCACAGAACAUCUUGAGUGCCUUAGUAAUAAGGAUGAAGAAAUUAAAAGGCUAAAGGAAGAGGUCCAUCAAACUAAGACCGUCUAUGAGGAGCAAAUCUUGAAUUUGAAGAAGCAGUUGGAAGCUUCCAGUGAGGAUAAGGAGGAAAUUGCCAAACUGAAAGAUGUUAUUGAGAGUAAUUCUCAGUGUUACCAAAGUGAAAUGGAUAGAUUAGAUGAAGAACUAGGCAAACUGAAGACUACUCGCCAAGAAGAGGUGUCAGAGUUAAUGCAACAGCUUGAAGCCUCUGCUAAAGUAUGUGAAGAGGAGCAAAAUAAGGUAGAGCAGUUAAAGCAGAACUUAAUAGAGCAAUACAGGAUAAAAGAGAAAGACAUGCAGGAUGAAUUACGUGCUUGUAAAGAGAAGUAUGAAUGUGAAUUGGAAUACAUAAGGCAAACGUUAACUAAAGAUGAAAACCUAGAGACUAGAAAUGUACAGUUGGAAAUGGAAAUGGCAGAAAAGGCCAGGUGUUUAGAGAUUGCUUUAAAAGAACUGGAAUCUCAACACAGUAUACUGCGAGAUGAAUUAACCUAUAUGAAUAAUGUUAAGAUGAAACUGGAAAUGGAAAUCCAGCAUGCAAAGGAUGAAUACUUCCAUGAAAAGGAAGAUUUGGAGUUCAAGGUUAAUGAACUGCAGCUUGUCAAAGAGGAUCACUGUGGUGUAAUUGAAAAACUAAAAUCAGAGCUUCAGGCAAUAAGAGAACGACACAAGAAGACUGUAAAAGAAAAUAGCCUAGAAAUUCAAGAGCUGGUAGAAAAGCAUAAAAGAGAAAUAUGUGAGUGUCAACAAACAGUAUUGUUAAGUUCAGAGAAAGAAAAUCAGUCAUGGGCUCUUGAGGUAGAGGAACUUAAAGAACAAUGUAAAAAGCACUUACAGGAGAAAGAAGAAGCUUUUACUAGUUAUGAGAACUUGCGAGAAACACUGGAAACCUUACAAACUGAAUUGGGGGAAUCAGCUGGGAAGAUAAGCAGAGAAUUUGAAUUUAUGAAGCAGCAGCAGGCUUCUGAUGUUGAUGAAUUACAGAAAAAGCUUAGAGCUGCUUUCAACGAAAAGGAUGUUCUCCUUGAGACUGUGAAUCGUCUCCGGGAAGAGGCAGAACAGCUUUCCUCCAAAAUAGAGGAGGUGGAAGAACUGAGGCAUAAAACAGGGAGACUUCAGGAGGAGAAUGAGAAGCUUGUUACUUCUCUUCAUCAAAGAGAGGCUGCAGUGAAAGAACUGGAAGAGAAGGAGAGUGAGCUUUCAUCACAGAAUGAUAGCCUCCUUGACAAAAUUAAAUGCUCUGCUGAAAAAAUAGAAAACCUUCAGGGAAAAUGCCAAGUGGAGCAAGCGAUGGUUGUGGAACUUCAGCAGCAGGUUGAGGCUCUCGGCCUUUGCAACUGUGAAUUGGAGCGACAGGUAAAGGAGUUAAUGGAGAAGCUGGAAGUGGAACAAGAAGAGAACCAGCAAAAGCUGAAGGAGUUUGAACAACAGAUUGAAGUUCUUCAGCAAGAUAGAGUGCAUCUGUCAUCUGAAUUAGACAGUCUACAUGGUGAAAAUAACAAAAUAAAGGAAGAAAGAGACCAAGAUCGUAGAGCACUGGAAAGCAUUGCAUCUGAAAAGGGGGACUGGCUUGUGUCUAAAACGAAAGCAGAUGGCUUAGAAAUGAAACUGCAAACAGCCUAUGAAGAAAAAGAGCAUUUGACUAAGAUAAUUCAGGAGGAAAAGGCCUUCAGAUCUCUUGUCAUCGGUCAGCUGCGUGGCCUCCUUGAGCAGAUGGGCUCCAGAUUUCUAGAAGAAAAUGAAGGAGAUGAUGUAACUGGUCUGCUGCAAGCUGCAAAUGAAUUCUUGGUGAAAAUGAAGCAAGAGGUACAAAGCCUAACUUCACAGAAGGAUGAAAAUAUUCUUCUACGGCAGGGGAUGCAGAGGGUCCAGGAAGAAAAUGCUGCUCAUUGUAUGGAGCUCAGAUCUCUGUCGGAAGAUUAUGAAAAAGAAAAAUGCCUUUUAAGAGAAGAGUUGGAAGGGGCUCUUUCUGAAAAAGAAGCCCUGCAGCUAGAUAUUCAGGAGUUAAAACAUGCCAGUGACAAAGUCAGGAAUGAGAACCAAGAUCUUCUAGUUCGUAUGGAAGAUAUUUCUGAAAAGCAUGCACUCUGUGAAAGCAAACUAAAAGUACAAGAAAAAAAAUGGGAAGAGGAGCGGAAAAACCUAAGCAUAACUGUAGAGCAAAAAGAAGCUGAACUGAGAAGUGUGCAAGCUGAGUUUUCGUUGCUAAAGGCUUCUGUGGAGGAGUCUUCUGCUAAAGAUGACCAACAAUUAUCAGAAACAGAAGAAAUAGUGAAUUUGGAAAAACAGCUGAAAGAGAAGGAAGAAAAAUUAAAUAAAAUUAAAGCUGUUGCUGUGAAAUUAAGGAAAGAGUUGGAUUCUAGUAGGAAAGAGGUUCAGUCACUUAGAGAAGAACUGAAGAUACUGCAGUCAGAGAGAGAGCAGCUAUCUACGUCAAUGGGAGACAUCAUUCAGGGAGCAGAGAGCUAUAAGAAUCUUUUAAUAGAGUUUGACAAGCAAGCAGAACAGCUGGAUUCUGAAAAAGAGCGAGCUCAUAAUUUUGAACAUCAAAUAGAUGAUCUUACAAGAAAACUGGAGAACUCUAUUCAACAGCAAGACCAGUGGCAUUCUGCUAAUGAAGACCUCUUGACUCGUAUUCAGACUUUGCAAACUAACACUAAGCUACUAGAAACCCAGCUCUUAGAAGCACAGAGAGCCAAAUCAAAAGUUGAAAAAGAACUCGAAGCUGAAAAACUUCUAAAAGAACAAAGGAUAAAGGACCACACUAAUGCUGUAAAAGAAGUUGAAGAACUUCAGACACAAUUUCAGAAAGAAAAGAAGCAUCUUCAGAAAGUUCUCGAAGAGCUGGAGCUGGCAAAGAAGGAUGCACAAAAGAGUACAAUGAUGGACAUGGAAAUAGCUGAUUAUGAGCGCUUUGUAAAAGAACUUAAUCAAAAGAUUACUGACAAAAGCAGCAGAAUUGAAGACCUAGAGCAAGAGAUUAAAAUUCAGAAGCAGAAGCAAGAGACUCUACAGGAAGAAAUCAAAUCAUUUCAGAGUUCUGUACAACAGUAUGAGGGGAAAAACACUAAGAUCAAACAACUACUGGUGAAAACGAAAAAAGAGUUGGCCGACUCAAAGCAAGCAGAAAAUGAACUUCUGAGACUUCAGGCAUCUUUAAAAGGAGAAUUGGAAGCAAGUCAACAGCAAGUUGAGGUUUAUAAGAUUCAGUUGGCUGAUAUAACCUCAGAAAAACACAAAAUUCAGGAACACCUGCGGACUUCGCUAGAGCAACAGCAGAGGCUUCUGAGUACUUAUCAGCAGAAAGUAGCAACUCUUCAAGAAGAGUGCAGUGCAGCAAAGGCAGAAUACACUGCUGUAACCUCUGAAUUUGAAAGUUACAAAGUCCGUGUUCAUAAUGUUUUAAAACAGAAGAAUAAAUCUUCUCAAUCUGAAACGGAUGUGACCAAACAAGAAAGAGAACACAUGGAAAAUCUAAUAGACCAACUGAAGAUCAAAUUCCAAGACAGUCAACAUAACUUACAAAUGAAUGUGACUGAGCUUCAGGCACUACAAUCUGAACAUGACACUCUGCUGGAAAGACACAAUAAAAUUCUUCAGGAGACUGUGGCAAAGGAAGCAGAGCUCCGAGAAAAGCUCUGCACAAUACAGUCUGAAAACAUGGUGAUAAAGUCAGACCAUGCACAGACUGUGAACCAGCUGACAGCCCAGAAUGAAGCUCUUCAUAACAGUUUUCGUGAUCAAGUCAGGCACCUACAAGAAGAGCACAGGAAAACCGUGGAGACAUUGCAGCAGCAGCUGUCCAAAGUAGAAACCCAGCUCUUUCAACUCAAAAGUGAGCCAAGCACAAAAAGUCCUGUUACAUCCAACUUGCCACCAAAGAACGUGCGAGAACGAAGGAGCACUGACCUUCCUCUUCUUGAUGUACACACUGUAGCUAGGGAGGAGGGUGAAGGAAUGGAAACAACUGACACAGAGUCUGUCUCUUCUGCCAGUACCUAUGUGCCCUCGUUGGAACAGCUUCUUAAUACCCCUGAUGCAAAAUUUGAAUCUCCGCAUUGGGAAACGGAACUCACCAAAGAAGAGUUGGUUCAGAAGUUAAGCACUACAUCAAAGAGUGCUGAUCACUUAAAUGGACUGCUGCGUGAAUCAGAAGCAACCAAUGUCAUCCUGAUGGAGCAAAUAAAGCUUCUUAAAAGUGAAAUAAGGCGAUUGGAAAGAAACCAAGAGCGAGAGAAAUCUGUUGCUAAUCUGGAAUAUUUGAAGAAUGUUCUGCUACAGUUCAUAUUUCUAAAAUCAGGCAGUGAAAGAGAGAGGCUUCUUCCAGUAAUAGAUACCAUGUUGCAGCUGAGUCCAGAAGAAAAAGGAAGACUUGUUGCAAUAGCUCAAGGUGAAGAAGAGAGCACAUCGCAGCCAUCAGGGUGGGCAUCGUACUUGCACAGCUGGUCAGGACUACGAUAAGACUGUGGGUUCUCAUUGUUCAAACAUUCAAAAUCUGCAAUUGCACUGAGAGGAAUCUCAACACUGAAGUAUGCACCAUGUAUGUGUGUAGCAAGGGUAACUUCUGUUGUUUUCUGUUGAUUAUUUUAAGUAAGAAUCUGGUUUUUGACUAAGGAUUGUAGAAGACUUUGACCAAUGUAUUCUGAUUUCAGAUUUUGUCCCUGUACAGUGACUUACUAUAAGUGUGUGAGGUCGAACACAUCUGUUGAGGUCCUCUACUUAAAAGAGCUGUUCCUCUUAUUCAUGUGUAGGGGCACAAAUCUUUUUGUGUGUCUGAAGCUGGACCCCCCAUCAAAAUGACCCUCUAAGCUUGCACACGGAUAAAUUUUGUAUGUAUGUUGGAACUCUUGAUUGGGAUAUAUGACUUCAGCCAACAUCUUCAUUUUUCUUUAUCUGAAAAAAUGUACUAUACAAGUGGGCGAUCAGUAGUAAGACUAAAAUCAAAAUCAAGUUGACAAAUCUGACCACAUGCUUUCCAGUUUUGUUGUUCAAAACACCACCUCUUUAAUGCCCAGCAGUAUCAGAUGUAUGCUUUUACAUAGCUCACAAAUUGCUUAUUCUGGUCAAAAGGAAAGAAAUGCAAAGAUAAACUUUUUGGCUGUCUGCCCUGCGUUCAAUUUAUUCAACUCUAGGAAUUUUGCCAAGCUCAUUUAGUGAUUUCUCAAGCUAAUAAGGUAAUAUCUAGUGUUUGGGACUUUGUGGUGUGUCAGAUCCUUUCUGAUUGAUUUUGCAUUAAAUCAUUAGCUAUUAAGCUUCAAGAACAAGCUGCUUUAAGAAGUGACAUUUGAAAAACAAAAAAGGUUCAUUAAAUUAAAAGAUUAAAAAUUUCAUUGUAUUGAAAUUGUAUAAGUAGCCGUUGACGUCACUGAUUAUGCUAAAAUUACUGAUAGGGGAGACGAUCCUAAAAUAGGAUAGAAUUUGCCGCAGGUUGUAAAUUCUAAAUAUAAUUGUUAGUAGUCAUCAAAGAUUAGUACUCUCUCAAAACAGGCAGGUAAAUGUAAUUUCCAGCUAUAUUUUUUCAAGAAAAAAUGCUAUUUUGCCACUUGAUAAGGAGUCCAUACUUUAUAUUGACUUCUCCAUCUACUUAACAUUUUCCUAGAACCAGGCAACUAUCUUCAAAAACAAGUCUGAGAAUUUGGCUAACUCUUGUUUUUCUGCAGCUUUUUUACCCUUUUUUGCCUCUCAUCUAUAAGUGGUGCUUUCAACUGUCACUUUUACACAAAAAUAUGGUUUCUUACAUAAUAUUUAUGCCAAUCUUUGUGAUUCCUUUUCUUGGUCUGUGAGCGCUGCUUCAGUACUGAAUCUCCCCUUUAUACACAGAUGAGACACAAAUGUAUUAUUCCCCACUCUCUCUAUAUGCUGCAAAUCCAGUUAUUGCCUCUGCCACUAAUGGAUGAGAUGGAUUGAGUGACAACCCCCUUUAUAUAUUGAAGAUUUGGAGAAGGUUGCUGAUGCCCAUCCUACGUAACUUCAUAUAUCUUAAGCAUUCUAAAUUGCUUCCGGGUAUCUGAUGCAUUUAAUAUUCAUUGAUCAUGUGCCAACUCAUUCCAUUGUAAGAAAGAAGUGACAACUUAAGAUAGCUAGCCAUUUCUGUAACUGAAAAUAAAUAUAAAUGUUAUGUGAGAGAUACAGUAUUCAUUCAGAAAGGACUCGUGAAUGACAAGUCACUUUAGAGGCCAUCAAGGAGUCUUCUGUUCAAGCAAGUAGGUGGGGAAUUCACAUUAUAUCUUAGUUUAAUAAGCUGAGAUAGGUUGAUGGGCAAAAAGUUCAUAAGUCUUCUAUCAAUUUUAAUUUCCCAUUUCAUCCAAAACAGGAAACUGUGAUUAACAGCUCUGAUAUUAAACCAUUGUUUGAAGGUGGUUUAAUAUCCUCACCUGUUCUGAAGAACUUAACCAUAGUUUCCUGAUUUGGAUGAAAUGGUAAACUGUAGUUAGUGGAAGAUUUCCUAAUUUUGUUUGCCAGCUUGCACAAAAGGAGGAGUGAAGGGCUGUGUGCAUGGGCAAAAGGUUCAUAUAUAUCUUACUUUAUUAAGCCAAGAUACGAUUGCCCAAAUAUUGUUAAUGUGUUCUGUAAUCCAUGAUAUUAAUAUGUAUUAUCAGACAUAAGAGCAAAAUAGAAGAAUGCCCUAGUUCUUUAAAGUGUAAUAUGACAACACAGGCCCUAGCUACUCUGCUUAGUUUAGUAUAUUUUACUAGCUACAGUGACUAUCAUCUUCUGUAAUUCUGACAGCAUUUGAAAGUGCAGCUCAGUUUAGGCAUAUGAAAUACUUAAAGCACUUCUCAUCAGGAAUAACAUACUCAUAAUUUUCAUUCAUCAUAUCAAAUUAGAAAUAUCUUUGCCCAGCUUUGAUAACUUUGGCCCAGUUAGGAGGAGGGGAGAAUUUAUUUCAAGAUCUUACUGCUGCUGUUUAGGCACUCAACAUGAUUUUCAUAUCUGCAAUCUCUUUUCAGAGUACGGUCAUGCCUUAAAUUUUUUGUUUUACAUUAUUAGAUGUUAAUUUAUUUCACUGUAAGCAAUGCAAUUACUAUAUCCUUUUUCCUAAUGUCAGUUCCUAAAAGGAUGGCAGACAGUCGGAUAUCUUAGUUUAUGUUCUACCCUAUAUUUUUAUGUGUUUAAACCGAGUAGGAAAAUGCCUUUGCACUUUCUUUAAUAGCUGUUUUCAAAAUUAGCUUAACUGAAUACUCGAUACUGAUUGAAAAUUGUUUUCCUAUCUGCACAAUGGUGUUAACAGCUGUGACAAAAUGAACCUCUUUGUCUUUUUAAAGUAUUUCAAAUCCUGUUUUUAUUGUUUCAGACUGUGAAUAAAUUAUGCAUACAGUUUUAGAGCUGUUCAUUACUUUUAAAAAAUUCAGUUGUAUAUUAAUUAAAAUGCUAUACUUGUGAAUAUAACAUACUGUUUACAUGCUCUAAAUAAGUACCUUUUACUACAAAGAAUGAUUAGAGGACUUGUGGGAUGAAUGCCAAUUAAAAUAUGAAGUACAAAACUUGUUUUUUUAAAAAAUGUGUGUUGUGUUGAUGCUUUCAGAACCCUUAUUAAAGCCAUUUCAAGAG